CCCGCCCUUCCAUAGUCUCUGCUGUCUUCAGUCAUGGUAGAGUCUGAUUUGGAUGAAAUAUGCAGGCCAAAUGAAUUCUGGAAAGGCAAUCAAGUUCUCGGUGGAAAUGGGACACUUAAUGUCAGCCUAUGCUUUGAAGACACUGCCAUCUUUUAUGGAGUGUGCCUAUUCUUUUGGAUACUGGCUACCGUUAACUUUCUUUGUCGGAAGAAGAGAGAUUUUAUUCAUAUUCCUUUCAAUUUAUUACUUGUGACCAGGAUUUUAUUGUGCUGUGGAAUUAUACUGAUAUCAAUCUGUGAUUUGGGGUUUGCUAUUUAUGUCAAAAUAUUCCAAGAUGAAGCUACGUAUUUCUUUAUUUCCCCUGCUGUCCUAUUCGCCACUAUGGUGAUAGUGAUUCUAUUGUUAAUAUCAGAGUAUAAGAAAGGAGUUCGGUCUUCUGGUCCUCCUGUCAUCCUAUGGAUUGGUCUAGUGGUCUAUGGAUCCAUUAAAAUGUGGACUAUACUUGCCAAGGCUCAAGUUCAUGGAUUUAUUGAGAAGUUUUACUUUUUUACAUUUUCCCUGGAGUAUUUUGUUUAUUUGCUUCUACUGAUGCUCUCAUUCAUACCAGAACCUAAAUCAAGCGAUGACUACCUUAAACACAAGCCUUCACCUGAAGAAUCGGCAUCAUUCUUCUCCUCUGUGACAUGGUGGUGGCUCAAAUCACUAAUGUGGAAGGGAUCACGUAGAGUGCUAUCUCAUGAUGAUCUUUAUGAUAUUAACUAUGAGGAUAAAUCUGAAGUGACUUCUAUCAGGUUUCAAAAGGAAUGGGAUAAAGAAGUGAAGAGAUCAGGGUUGGUAUUUGUUCAAGGACAAUCAAAUAAACAACCACAGAAAAGAAAAGAACCAUCUCUAGUACUUGCAUUAUUCAGAGCUUAUGGAUUGGACAUUAUUACUGGUGGAUUCUAUAAACUAUGCUAUGAUAUACUCAUUUUUGUCAAUCCUUUAAUACUUAGAUUGAUGAUAGCGUAUAUUCAUGACAAGAAAGAGCAAGCUUGGAAUGGAUACUUCUAUGCAAUGACAAUGUUUUUUGUUGCACUGCUACUCUCACUCGUUUAUCAGCAGUAUUUUAACUCUACCUCAACCACAGGAAUGAGAAUAAGGACAAGUCUGAUAUGUGCAAUUUAUAAAAAGUCUCUAGUUUUGACAAGGAAGUCCUACCAGACCAGAACAAUAGGAGAGAUGGUUAAUCUCAUGUCUAUUGAUGCCCACAGAUUUAUAGAGACACUGAGUUACUUUCACAUGGUUUGGUCAGGCCCUUUACAGAUUGUUGUUGCUCUAGUGGUCUUAUACUGGACAAUGGGUCUUGCUAUUCUUGCUGGCCUGGCAGUAUUGCUAUUAUUGCUACCCUUUACUUUACUGGUGUUUCUACUUGGCCAGCGAUUCCAAACUAAAUUGAUGAAAGCUAAAGAUAAGAGAUUGAGAUCAAUCUAUGGAAUUCUUAGUGGGAUUAAAGUAAUUAAACUUUAUGCUUGGGAAUUUCCAUUUAAACAAAAAAUUAAAGAGCUCAGAAACAUUGAGUUAAAGUGUCUACGGAAAAUAGCUAUUAUUCAAUCUUUUGCUACUUUAACUUGGUUCAGCACUAGCACUGUUGUCACACUUACAACAUUUUCUACGUUCAUGUGGAUUCACAGCACAAUUGCUAACCCAAACUACAUCAUGACGGCAGGGAAGGUUUUUGUAACCAUAUCACUAUUUGAUAUUCUUAGAUAUCCACUCACUAGACUACCAAUGACAGUUGCAUAUAUCAUUCAAGCUAAUGUAUCACUGAAGCGCAUUAGAUCUUUCUUAUUAGAAGAAGAAUUGGACCUUACAGGUACUGAUGAUAGUGAUACUACUACUGAUGGAAAGGAAGCUGUGUUAAUAAGAGAAGGAUCAUUUUCAUGGGAUAAAGAAGAGGAGAAAUUCAUGCUGUCGGAUAUUGAAUUAUCUGCAAGACCUGGUGAACUAGUGGCUGUAGUGGGACCUGUUGGAGCUGGUAAAUCAGCAUUGAUAUCAGCCAUCUUAGGAGAAAUGAAUAAAAUAAACGGACAUGUAGUUCUUAAGGGUAGAGUAGCUUAUGUACCUCAGAUUGCUUGGAUAUUGAAUGCUACAGUCAAAGAUAACAUUACUUUUGGUAAAGGGUUCAAUAAUGUUCUCUACAAUGAGGUCAUUAGUACUUGUGCUUUGGAAGCAGAUAUGGAAAUAUUACCAGGAGGGGAUAUGACUGAAAUAGGAGAGAAAGGUAUUAAUCUUAGUGGUGGUCAGAAACAACGUGUUAGUCUAGCUAGAGCAGUCUACCAGGAGUCUGAUGUGUAUUUACUUGAUGAUCCUUUAUCUGCUGUUGAUUCACACGUCGGUAAACACAUAUUUGAUAAUGUGAUAGGACCUGAAGGAGUAUUGAAAAACAAAGUACGUAUAUUAGUGACUCAUAGUGUGAGGUUCCUAUCUCAAUGCGAUAAGAUAAUUGUCAUGAAUGAAGGCAGGAUUAGUGAGGUUGGAACUUAUUCAGAACUACUUGAACACAAUGGAGAGUUCUCUGUGUUUUUACAAAACUAUGGCUCAACAGAUGAGAGUGAUGAAAAGAAACAAAGUGAAAUCUCUGUUCCUGAAGAGAAAGGCUGUUUCACUGACAAGAUUAAAAAAGAACAAGAAAAUUCUUUGAUAGUUAAUGAGAAAGUUCAUCUUGGAAUUGUUAAGAUUUCUGUCAUUGCAGCUUACAUCAAAUCCUUUUCCUACAUUUCAUUGUGUCUCGUUUUACUCCUGUAUUGCUUAACUGCUGGCGGAUAUCUUGGUCAGUUACUCUGGUUAGCUCAUUGGAGUAAUGCUGGAGGUAAUGAUAACUUGACACUUUCUGCUAAUCUUGGCAUUUAUGCUUCACUUGGAAUGGCUCAAUCUUUCUCAUUUUUAUUUGCUUCACUGACACUAGCUUUUGGAACUGUUAAAGCUUCAAGGAGACUCCACGCUAAAAUGCUAUCAAAUAUACUUCGAUCACCAAUGUCAUUUUUUGAUACUACACCUCUAGGAAGACUGCUAAAUAGAUUCUCAAAAGACACUAGCGUUAUUGAUGAGAAGAUUUCUACAUUCCUCAGUGCUUUCCUAACAACAGUUUUCUCUACAGUUGGUGUAGUUAUAGUCAUUUCAAUUGCUUCACCUUGGUUCCUAUUUGCUACAGUUCCAAUGUCCAUAUUCUACCUAUUUGUCCAGCGUUUUUAUGUUGCUACUUCAAGACAGCUGAAGCGUCUUGAGGCAAACUCAAGCUCUCCAAUUUACUCUCAUUUCCAGGAGAGCAUUAAUGGGGUGACUAGCAUUAGAGCUUACAAUGUACAGGAAAGGUUUCAAUUGCUGUCCCAAGCUCAUGUAGACUACAAUCAAGUGGCCCUAUAUUACAGUUACAAUGCUGUAGUCAGGUGGUUAUCAGUGCAGCUUGAUUUUGUUGGUGCUUUGGUCAUAUUCCUAGCUGCAGUGCUUGCUGCACUUCAGCGAAAUUACCCUCAAGUUUUUGGUUUCAUUGACCCUGGAUUAGCUGGAAUGUCAAUAAGCCAAGCAUUCAUGAUGACAUUGCUAUUAUCUAUGGUUGUCAGAAUGACCAGUGACUUGGAAAGCAGUUUGAUAUCAGUUGAAAGAAUCAAAGAAUACACAGAGUCACCAAAUGAGGCUCCUGAAAUUAUUCCUGAUAAUAGGCCUGAUCCUAAUUGGCCAGUAGAUGGAAGCAUUCAGUUUGAUGAAUAUGCUACACGUUAUCGUCCUGGACUUGAUCUUGUACUAAAGAAUGUGUCUUGUUACAUACCUGGUGGUCAAAAAGUUGGUGUUGUAGGACGGACUGGAGCAGGGAAGUCGUCGUUAACUAUGUCAUUGUUUCGUAUCAUUGAAGCUGAUAAAGGAUCCAUUUUAAUUGAUGGCAUGAACAUCAGUAAAUAUGGACUACGUGACCUUAGAUCACGACUAACAAUCAUUCCACAAGAUCCAUUGCUGUUUUUAGGGACACUUCGUUUUAAUCUUGAUCCCUUUGAUACCUGCACUGAUGAUGAAAUAUGGAGAGCUUUAAGAAAUGCUUAUUUAAGUGAUUUUGUGGAAAAACUAAGCGAAGGAUUGAAGUAUUCUAUUGCAGAGGGAGGAGAAAAUCUAAGGUAUGAUUAUGUCACUUGCAUUAAUCAAUUCUUACAUCUCUUUAGUGUUGGUCAGUGUCAGUUAGUGUGUCUUGCUCGAGCCUUGCUCCGUAAGACAAAGAUACUAGUUCUGGAUGAGGCCACAGCUGCUGUUGAUUUGGAAACUGACGAUCUCAUUCAAAGAACUGUCCGUAAAGAGUUUUCUGAUUGCACAAUUUUAACGAUUGCACACAGGAUUAAUACCAUCAUGGAUUAUGAUAAAGUAAUGGUAUUAGAUGAAGGACGUAUAGCAGAGUUUGAUACUCCAGAGAAAUUACUGGAACUCAGAGGUUUAUUUUAUAAUCUUGUCAUCAAUGCUGGCAUAACUGUUUCUAGUUAAAGCUUUUGUAUUUUAUUUUCAGCAGUUAAAAUUCUAAAAUUUAUUGUUUUAUUCACACAAUGUGUUCUCUGCCUUGUUGUUUUGCACAUAUUGAUUGAACAAAUUUUAGUU